AUGGCACCAUCUCUACACCCCUCCAUCGACAACGGCAUCACCAAGGGCGACCCGAACUUCUCCGGCGGCAAGCUCAAGUGCCACUGCUCAAGCAACCCAGUCGAGGUGACUCUCGGCAGUCAGGUGGCACACAACCACGCGUGCGGGUGCUCCAAGUGCUGGAAGCCCAAGGGCGCGCUGUUCAGCGUCGUGGCCGUCGUGCCGCGUGACAAGCUGAGCGUGACCGCCAAUGCCGACAAGCUCAAGGUCGUCGACCCGGAGGCUGUGAUCCAGCGCAACGCCUGCCGCGAGUGCGGCGUCCACCUCUUCGGCCGCAUCGAGAAGGACCACCCCUUCAAGGGCCUCGACUUCGUCCACGUCGAGCUCUCCCAGGACAAGGGCUGGCAGGAGCCCCAGUUCGCCGCGUUCGUGAGCUCCAUCAUCGAGCAGGGCUUCGAUCCCAACAAGAUGGACGACGUCCGCGGCACCCUCGCCGCCAAGGGCUUGCCUACAUAUGACGCUCUCUCGCCGCCGCUCAUGGAUGCCAUUGCUACGUGGACGGCGCAGAAGGCUGGAAAGCUGUCUUAG